AUGGCGAGCUCCCCAACGUUGUUAUCCCUUCCACCGGAAAUACGCAACCGCAUCUAUGAGUUCGCACUUACGCCAGAUCGGGGAGCACUUUACCACGUUUACAACCAAGCAUCCUCUGGGAAGAAGUCGUUCUUUUUUGAGCCCAGCUCUCCAGAGCCCGUCGAUUUUUCGCCUGCCUUGGACGCUCAAGCUGAGUUCAACCAGCUGAAGUACGUGAACCGCCAGCUCUACUCCGAAACGGCCGCAGUGGAGUUGGAGUACUGUCGCAACCUGUUCUUCGACUAUAAAGUUUCACGCGAACGUGCUCAGGGUGCUCAGGUCGUCAGCUUCCUAAAGUCGGUGUCGCCAACAAUACGUGCCCGGCUAUGCACGAUCUGUAUUCGAGAUUUUGACGAUGCUUCUCCGGUAAAUCGUCAGUUCCAUGACAGCGCGACGACCAUGUCAAAUCUCGACUAUUUCUGCUGCCAACAUCCAAAUCUUAGUAUUCGCUACGAGAUAACCGGGUGGGUGAUACGAUCGACAGGUAUGGGAUACUUAGAGGGCUUCCUGGAUGGCCUUUAUUGGUCCUCUACCUUGCGUAACGAAACCUUCAGCAACACACCUUUCUCGGCCCGAAUCGUUGCAAUCGCAAUGUUUCUGGGCCGCGACAUCUCUGGCACCUAUACCAUUUCGGCUCGUACUCCCAGAGAAUGGAAGGUGGAACUCAAGGCCAAAAAUCUGCGCUUCUUCCCUGUGGCAAUCGGCAGUGAUGGAAAGCGAUUGUCUACUCUCCCAAAAGUAUGGCGUCCUGUGAUCCCCUGGGCGCGUCACGAGACCGAGGCCAUACACGCCCAGAUGGAGCAGUGGUACAAUGUUGGGCUUUGAGCGCCCUAUCUAGAAAAUCCC